AUGCUCACUUCUCGUUCAUCCCGCUUGGGACAGGGCCAUGGCCGAUUCCUGCCUGGCCCUGUUUCUGGUUCCGGUCACGGUCCUGGUUAUCAUCACAGCCAUGGCGGCGGGGGUGGUGGUCCUCCGAAUUUCUUCGCUUCCUAUUCAAACCCCUACAGGAACUCAUCCUCAUAUCCUCACCCUCGUACCCCUUCAUCGCCUACUCAUACCACUCGCUCGAAAUCGCGCUCUCACUCGUCGAGUUCCAGUCAGCCAACGUCCCCUUGCUUGGACAACUUUUCCACAACCGCCUGCCUUGGGUCCGUUGCUGAGGACGAGGAGGUCCCUGUUUCUGGGUUGCAUCAUCAUCAUCAUCACCCUUCCCAUACAAGUACCCGCCUUAAAGACCACCACCACCCCGCCCCCUCGCCUCCCCUCCGCCUUGCCUGCACCACUUCCAAGCGCGCACCGCCCUCGCUUCCAUUUUUGCGAACCGAUACAAAUCUCGACGACUUCGUCUUAACACCCAUCGCAUCCACACCAGAACCCUUAAACUCCUGGUUCGAGCGUAGAAAAUUCGAAGAGCUGGAGCUGAUACAGAGGAGAAGAUUUCGGCCUAAAAUGUCACCGCCGCAACAGCAGCAGCAGCAGCAGCAACCACCGUCGGUGGAUCCUGGACAGUACUGGGGCUACCUAAUAUCGUCAGAUCACCCCACUCAACCGACACCAUUAUUCCGGAAUUUACUACUUUCCAUUGCAAAUUAUAUUAUCGAUUGCUUGGAGCCGAGAGACAUUCAUUGCCUUACACCCGAAAAGAUCUCUGGAUUCUACCGAUUAGUCGGUGGAGACUUAGACGAGCUCUUUCUUGGAACUCCAGCCGAGAAGUUAUCGGGCAUUUACACAACGCUAGGCUGCAGUCACACUUUACAACCGAUACCCGACGAUGACUUUGUUCCACCGUCGAUCCCUGCACUCACCCCUCGAGGGUUCGCGAUAUGGCAGACUAUCCAGUUGUUGUUGGAUCCGGAGGAGCACGUCCCGUACCUACAGGAGGCUGUGAGGAAGUUUCAGUUGGCUAAUCCUGAAACGGGUGAAUUGUUUCCCAAGAGUAUUCCGAAUGGAGCUUUCCCUUCCAAGCCGGAUGAGGAGACGGUGAAAUGGCACGAUGAUAUGUUUGAGAAGAAGUCACUGGCUGAUAGCGCCGCCGCCGCCGCCGCCGCUGCUAUGCCUGUGCCUGGAGCUGUACCACCGGAGGAACCGGUUUGGAAUGGCUAUCAUCACGGCAACUCACACCAGCAACAUACGUCAUCCAGUAAGUCGAAGCGAAAGAGCAGGAAGAGUGGGAGCAGGCAUAGGGCUACAGUGGAGGAAGUGGUGGAUGAAGGAUUGUAUGCCAGAGUACCGCCAAUAAUCUCUCCAGCGGACUCGUACACUACACACCACUAUGGCCACCAUGCACACACUCACCACGUGGAGCCCUUCAACUCAGACACGGAGCACCACCAUGGCUCCCGCAACCACAGCCGGCGGGGGAGGGAAUAUCCGGUAUCAUACGUGAGCCAGAACGGCCUCGUGACACCGGUGGUCCCGGUCUAUCCCAAUGGCACGGCAACACUAAUCCCCGAAGCGAUCCACAUGCAGCCAGAGGAACUCUCACCAACUCUUCCUUAUGGACGAGCCGCCCGCUACGCUUCCACACCAAUGACAGUUGACCCUACAUCAUCCUGCUCCUCCUCGUACUCGGACCUUCACAACUCCAAUUCUUCCCCAUACCACCACUCCUCCACCUCAUCGCCGCAUCACCAUUCCUCCUCCCGCCACCACACCCGCCGUUCCCCAUCCCCACUCUACCGGGAACCGCACCUACGCAAGUCCGCCUCGGCAUACUGCUACACCUCCCGCCCCGUCGCACCCGUGCCCCCUUCGCGCUCUCGUUCCGGCGGUAGCAGUCGCGGCCGCCGUCGUUCACAUAUGAUCUCGGAUGACUCGGACAGCGCUGAGGAGUGGGUUAUCAAGGGUGAGAGGAUGAGGGAAGAUGACGAAGAGGAGAGGCGCAGACGGAAGAGCGAUCACGCGCGCAGGAGGGAGCUCGAGCGCGAGAGGGAGAGGGUGCGCGAGGGAGGCCGUAGCGAUACCUGGGGGGGAUACGGGGGGAAGAGCAUGAGUGGGGGCGGGAGGUAUGCGGAUUCACAUUAUCUUCAUACGGGUUCGGGGGUUUUUUAUUAGUUUUUCUUUUGUUUCUUUUCUUUUCUUUUUUUGGGAGUGAAUGGGUGAAGGAAGCUUUUGUCUGUCGUUUGGAAAUUAGUUUGUUGAGAAGGUCACGAUAUCAUGAUUGGAUUUGGGUUUGGGUUUCGGAUCAACCAAGACGGUAUUGAAUUUUGCUUUGUUAUUGUACUUUUUUUCCCUUUCUUUUUGUUUUUCGCCCCCUCUUUGGCUUGAUGGAUUGAACGAAAUGGUUAUGCUUAGCAUGGGUGGGGGGCGGUCCAUCUCUUGUCUCUGUUGUUGCGGUGUGUGGUUAAGUCAUGUUGCGAUCGAUCAGUAUAAACUGUCACUAAUCAUAUCUUGUCACU